AUGGAGAACGAAGAGCGCAUCCUCCCGUCGAUCAGUGUCACGCCUAUUUCAUACGAGAUCAGACUCCAUCCUGAUUUCGACGAGGAGAAAUUCCAAGGCUUUGUCAUAAUCAGCUGCACCGUGAUUGGCACCUGCUCAUCUCUUGAAUUGCAUUCCAAGUCAAUCAGGGUAAAGAAAGCGCUCGUCAAGUUCAAGAAUGAUCGCUGGGACGUUCUGGAUACACUGAGCUACAACGAGGCACGUUACACUUUGACAAUCGAACUCCCCAAAGAGAUUUCCCCAGGGGACUCAAACCAACUUGCAAUUAUCCUUUGCUACACCGGCAAGUUUCGCGGCGAUUCGACUGGGCUCUACCAGGCGAGCUAUGAGACAUAUGAUGGUGUGAAGCAUCGCAUUGCGGCCACAGCGCUGGAGUCGACAUACGCGGAAGAGGUCUUCCCCUGUUUUGGCAAUUCUUUCACGGAAGCCGAGUUCACCCUUUCCGUCGUCGUAGACGAGUCUUUUGUCACCGUUUCGAAUAUGCCCGUGCAAACCACUUCGACCGUGGAGCAUUAUUCUAAGAAGAUGGUAACAUUUCACAAGAGCGUUUCGAUGCCGACAUAUCAUCUCUUUCUGGUAGCCGGACCCCUGGCCGAGGUGAAAUGCACCAACAGCAGGAUCCCCAUGUCUGUCUUUUGCCCUCUCGGCACUGAAGAGCAGGCUACAUUUGCAGUGGACCUCGCAGCCCAAGGCUUUCAGUUCUUCGAAGACUGCUUCGGCCUACCAUACCCGCUCCCAAAGCUCGAUUUGAUCGCCGUUCCAGAAUUCUCCACGCACACGCGGUCUUGGGGAGCAAUCAUCUUCAGCGCAGCAAACCUUUUGCUCGACCCAGAAGGCUCUACUCUAGAUAAGAAGAAGAGUGUCGCAGAGGUAAUCCUUCGUGAGAUCUCUUACAUGUGGAUCGGUAACCUGGUUAGAAUGAGAUCCUGGGAUGCCCUGUGGAUGGAGGAAAGUUUCGCUACUUUUAUGUCGUGGUACGCGGCGGACAAGAUGUUUCCAAGCUGGCAUUUCUGGCAUUCCUACAUCGCCAAUAUCCUUCAGGAAGCGCUGAGCCAAGACUCCCUUGACGGCAGUCAUGCAGUCGUCGACGCGGAGCGGCUAUAUGACGAGAUCUCUUUUCAGAAGGGCUCGUGUAUCUUUUGGAUGGUUCUACACAAUCUGGGCGACACCAAAUUCUUCGACGGCGUGAAGCUGUAUCUCAGACGUCACCAGUUCCAGCACACCAGGCCGAAUGACCUUUGGACGGCCUGGGAGGAGCUUACCGGCGAACCUAUGGCAGCGAGCAUGAGUGUCUGGACCAAGGAGGCCGGUUUCCCACUCGUUCGAGUGUCUGAGAUUCUCGACGAGAGUGGCGGUGUUCGACUCUUCCAGCAACGCUUCUUGGCCAGCGGUGUGGCAAAGGAAGAAGAUGCGGCAUCUGAUACAAUCUAUCCACUCAGGAUUGCAAUCCGGCAGCCACACGGAGUUGAAACUGUUGACAUGAAUACAAGGGAGCUCAUUCUUCCUCCCUCUGACGGCCUAUUCAAAGUCAACGUGGACCAUGGGAGCUUCUUUCGCACUUCCUACUCACAUGAACUACUCACAGGUCUACUCGAGGAGGCUUCAAAGGGAAACCUCAGCCUUCGCGACUGCAUCGGAUUAUCGUGCGACCUGGAAGCUUUGGUUGCCGCAGGAGUGAAUAGGACCAGCGAACUGCUCGAUCUCAACGUCAAGUUUGCUAAACUAGACUCAUUCUAUGUUUGGGAAAUUAUCGACCGCAACCUCAGAUCCAUUCAGUCUAUCUACAAGUUUCACGGGCCUGGAUUGAAUGAGGCUCUUCAGAAAUUGACCAGGGACGUUAUCGGUCCCAAGGCUGAGGAACUUGGGUGGACCAUCUCGAAGGAUGAUGACGAGAACCUCAUCACGUUCAAGACAUCGAUGUUCGGUGGUGCGGGCCUUGCAGGACACCCCAGUGUCGUCUCAGCCGCAAAGGAACUCUUUGCAAAACGCAUGGCUGGCGACGAAAAUGCAAUCCCAGAGUCACUAUGGCGUGGGGUCUUUAGAACCGUCGCAGCCCACGGCGGCCUUGAAGAACUCCAAAGCCUCGUCGAUCUCUGGGAGAAUUCCUCUGAUGAGCACGAACAGUAUCUUGCCUUGCAAAGUCUCGGACGGGCAUCCAAUGCUGAGCUUAUGAAAUGGGUUCUCAGCCACCUGCUGACCGACACUGUCAAGAACGAGGACAUGUUCUACCUCAUUUGGCUGAUUCGUGAUACGGCUCAUGGCGCGAUUGAGCUUUGGGAGUGGACCAAGCAUAACUGGGAGAGAGUUGAGGAGCAGGGUCCGGAUGAUAUUGCGCCAGAGUUCCUUAGGCUUGCUCUUGAGGGUCUGCAUACCAAGGAUCAAAUUGAGGACGUGAGAGCAUUCUUUGGCGGGCGCGAUACGAAGAUUCCGAUUGAGCAGAACUUGGAGGGCAUGGAGAACCGGAGAUCAAGGGCUGAACGUGACACCUCCGAUGUUCGUUCGUGGUUGGAGGGGCAUGGGUAUCUGUAA